AUGUCACUACCCAUUGAUCGAAUUAAUACCAAAGAUAUCCUUUCUAAUGAACUUUCAAAUCAAGUAAACUCAUUUCCUCUACAUAUCUACUUCAAUAUACGAGGAAAGUUACUUAUGAUUGAAAGAUCGGAAUUAUUGUACUUACCACAUUGUCUUAUUGGAAUGUUAUUUACGAAAGGAUUCUCUCCCUUAUUACAAAAUGAAGGUGGUAGUCGCGAGACUUGUUUAAAGUGCCAUCUAAUCGAUCCUGCUGUUUGCAGUUGGUUGUUGGACUCAUAUUUACGAUUAUUUCUUAAGAAUCCGAAUUAUUCUGCUUUAAGAGUUAGAGAAGAUCCUUUGAAAGAAACGACGUUCGUCUUUUUGCUGGUAGAAUUCUGUGACAUAUAUGUGAUACCCGAAAAUUCAGGGCAAGGAGUGAGCCUAAGUGUAAAAGAGAAACUUUUGGAACAUUACUACAGAAGCUGGAACAUUUUUGAAACCUGUCCGAAUUCCUUUUUUAUUGGCGAUAAUAAGGAACGGAAAGCUUUCGUUCAUUUGAUGAAUGAAUGUGGUUUCAGUAUAAGGGAUAAAUGGAGUCGAAGAGUCAAAGAGCCAAAACGAAUGUCAUUAUCUUCAUAUCAUAUUUCUACAUUACGGUGUACGCCUGAAAAUGCGAAUACAUGUGAAAAACUAUUAAGAUUUUGGAAAAGCCCAGGGCAUAAAUGUUGGUGGUUUGAAAACCCGCAUACGUUCAAUAACACUGUUCUAAAUGUUUGGCGCCGCAAAUUUUGGACUUUGGAACUUAGCGUUACAGGAUAA